AUGAUUGGAAAAAACUUAGUCCAACAGCUGAAGCGUCUCCCAGCCUUCAUUGACUGCAGCACCAGUUAUGCCAGUCCAAAAGAGCGGCCCGCCAGACUCCCAGCAUGCCCCUCGCGGGGAUUCCCUUCACGUCACACCUACGUCACAAACCGCGGCUAUAAACGGAAGUCGCCUUUCCAGCUCACCACUCAGUCAUCGUUUCUUCAGAUUCACGAUCAGAGUUUCCAACCUACCGAUCAAUCCAACGAACUAUCAGCUCAUACGACUGGAUGCAGCUGCGCGACCGUCGUUGGUCAGACGGGUCAGAAGGUGACUCUGACCUGUAACUACGACACACAACAACAUGGAGCUCUGCAUGUCUGCUGGGGUCGAGGAGACGUGCCUCUCCGCGGCUGCAACAAUCUGCUCGUCUCUACAGACGGACAUAAAGUUACUGAACGAGUCUCCAGCAGGUUUCAGCUUCUGGGACGACUGGACCAGGGAGACGUGUCUCUGACCAUCCAGAACCUGACAACGAAAGAUGCUGGAAGAUACGGGUGCAGGGUGGAGAUACCGGGGUGGGCCAAUGAUGAAAAACGUCAGUUUGACUUGGCUGUUGAAAGAGCUCCAGACCCGUCUCCAGAUCCGACCACGUCCCCAACAUCCGAACCAGAGCCCAUAACAGCUGAUCAGACAGCAGCUCAGAGAAGGUCCUGGAUCAUUUUUCCGUUAGCUACGAUCCGAUGGAAGUGGCCAAGUUCCAGAUUUCAUAUAAGUCCCAUGACCUCCAUGCACUACCUGACCCAUUCCUCACACAGGAACCAGACCGUGGAGCAUUCACUCAGCAGGACGACGGUGGUUCUGGAGUGUGUUCUGUUCCUGUUGGUGGUUCUGCUCGCUGCAGCAGGACCCUUCAUCAUCACCAGACGCCGGACGCCGCUCAGAACGCCUCAGCAGCAGGUCCAGGUGAGUUCCACCGUCUCUAACCGGCAGCUGCACCAUCGAAGCUCGGUUGUGGAGAACGUCUAUGAGGUGCUGACCCAGGUGACUACGAGUCCUGCCCCUGAGCCUUGAAGCUCUGCCCACUCCACACCACCUGCAGCUUUAAGGAGGUGCUGACGGAACCGUGAUGCUGUGGAAGAUCUCAGAACUAACCUCAGCCUCACCCAGAGAAUCGACCAAUCAGAGCACUCCUGACCAUCAGAAACAUCAACUCCACAAACCUCACUUCCUCUGCAGCUGCUGGCUCUCGUCUCCCUCUGCUGGAGGAACCUGUGACCUGCAGCAGGUCUCUGAAGGUCCAGAGUGAGCAGCACCCAGGUUCUGGUCGGUCGUUGUUGGUCUGCUCCAGACUCGAAACGCAGACAAAGACGGAUUGUUUUGUUCUUUGCCGUAUUUUAUAGGUUGGACAGGAUUGAAGUGGAUGUUAUGGAAAGUGUUUUGGAAAAAUAAAACUAAAUUUAGGAAGAUUUUUACUGGUUGUUUAUUUCCCAGAACAGGACGUUAACAAACACUUUUAUCCAAUCAUAACGCAUGUUGAUUCUGAAUGAAGAAGCUAAAAUAAGCAUCUGUUAGCUAGAUUCGGCUUUAAAAAUCUACAUCAGCCUCAAAAAGCCCAUCACGGUCGGCCUCUAGUUCCCAUGAGUAGCGUGGCAUCACGAGUAAAGGGUCAAAGGGCAAAUGUUCCAGCCAAAUAAACUGCAUGAAUCCAAUCUACAUAAAAUGGAAGAAGAAGAGCAGAAAGCCGGACUCGGGUCAAUGGUGGCGCAGUUGUUAGCUCUGUUGCCCCGCAGCACGAAGGUUGCAGGUUCGAAACUCGACUGCGGCCUUUCUGCGUGGAGUUGCGUGUUCUCCCCAUGCAUGCGUGGGUUUCCUCCGGGUACUCCGGUGUCCCCCACAGAUCACAACGUGCCCUAUAGGUUAUAAGUUGUAAGUUGCUAAAUAAAUAAACAUAUACAUAAAACUGGAACUGC